AUGUCUGUGUCUUUAGAAGAUGAGCCCCAACUUGUGGAAGAACCUACUCCCACUAAAAGUAAAAGGCCUGCUCCGACAGGAAAGGGAGGUAAAACCAAUAAGGUGAAAUCAUCAGCAGUUCUCAAAGCAGAGUGGACAAAAUGGACUAUUGUACAUCGUCUUCGAACUCGCACUCAAGGGAAGGAUGCUGCUUCUGUUUCUGCUGCAGAGGGCAGUGGGGAGUCAGAUUCAGGAGUCUCGUCUGCCGGAACCUCCAAGACCUCGAAGAAGAAACAUGAAAAGCCCGAAAUGUCUCAUCUCUCUGAAGACACGAAGGCUCCGACUCCUCCGUUGCUCCUUCGCUAUGAAGCCAAUCGAAAGGUGGUUCUGGUUCGAGACAGAAAGUACCCUGAGUUUAAGAAAAGCUCUACUUCUGCUGCUCCAAGAUUUCUCCAACUUGAUAGUAAGUCGUCCUCCAUGUUUGGAAUGCCCACUGAACCACGUCUUCCAGAGAUUGUUCAUGACUUCAAUCUGCUGAUGAAAAUGGCUAAGUCUAUUCAGUCACGUAUAACAGGUUCUUCUGCCUCUUGUAUUUGA